AUGGAUCCCGUCUCGGCGUUGAGUGUGGCCGGCGUUGCGUUGCAACUUGCUGGCCUCUGUGUUUCCGUCCCACAAUCACUUGCGAAUCUCAAGGGCAAGUAUGACGAAGCCUCCAAAACGAUAAGCAACAUCAAGCGGUUUUGUGCGACCAUUGAGCUGGCUGCCCGACAUAUCCAGGAAUGGCUGGAGACGACGAUAGCGUCUUCUGGACGGCCGGUCCCCUGGCUGGAUACCAUGAUGGCUGCAUUCCAGGAUUAUACCCAAGUCGUGCAGGACCUCAAAGACGAUAUCGACAAAAUUAUAGGACCCACGGUCGUCGAUGAGAAGAAACUGGGACGCCGGAAGAGACUACGGUUCGUCUGGAAUCAGGACCUCAUGGGGCAGCACCUCCAGCAGCUUCACUAUCUGUCCAGUGCCCUGCACCUCCUGUUGGAUGCCACGCGUCUUCAAUUUGAUCCGGCUGAGAACCCUGUGCAUUGGAGUCGGCUCAGUCGAGAUUAUGCCGAGUCAAUUGCGUCCGUCCGCCACAGCGUCGCGAGCCUCCGUGAUGCCGAACUGGUGGAUUCCAGCGACACGGAACACUUCGCCUUCAGCGAGAUACUCAAGUCAUCGAAGGUAUACCAGCGGGCGGCUUCUUACUCUAUGCUCAGGGACACCACCGUCCAUCAUGAGGCUAGUGGGCCAUCUUGCUCCCCUCCAUCAGACACUAUCCCGGGCACCAGUCCCCCGCCAUCACGGACAUCCACGAGAGCUAAUUUCCGUCCACCCCAAAAUCCGCUGUUUUUCGGGCGACAGGAGAUACUCGACGUAAUUUAUGAGACGCUCCUCCGUCGGGAACAUGCAAACAUCUCAACGUGCACUCUGCAUGGACCCUGUGCGAUUGGGAAGACGCAGAUUGCAAAUGAGUACGGCUAUAGGCAUUCCGAGUCUGGACAAUCUGCUGUGUACCACAUCAUUUGGCACAUUAACGCGGAAUCGCCGGCCUCAAUUGCCAUGUCGUAUUCGUCUAUCGUCAGUGGCCUGGGGCUUACGAGCUCAUCAGAGCCAGCCUUGCAUAUGGACAUCAUACUUGAGUGCUUGAGGCACAUGGAUCAACCUUGGCUCCUAGUAUUCGACAACUUUGAUCCAGAGAUGGGAAGUUUGCACCGCUUCCUUCCGGAAUCAACCAGAGGCCACGGCUCGGUUCUCGUCACGUCACGAAAGCCGGCACCAGACCCAGGAACAGCAUCUAUUGAGGUUUCCGCUUUCACACUAAGCGAGGCAACGCAGUUCCUGCUCCAGAGGUUGGACCGCCUAGACGCCAGCCCCGCGCAAGAAGAGGUAGAAUUGGCCUCGGCUGCGGCUGAUGCCCUGGGAUGUCUGCCGCUCGCCCUCGAUGUGGCUGCGACCUGUGUGAGGAAGAACGCACUUCCACUAUCCGUCUUUUUGGAAGAAAUCAAAACUACUGAGUGGGAACUGCACUCACGUUCCACUUACUCCUGGUCUCUGAAUGAGGCGUUCUAUUCCACCGUUGCCGGUCUCUCUGCUGAAGGCACUGCAGCCCUGCAACUGCUGGCAUUCUUGUACCCGGACGGCCUGGAUGAGGACGUUUUACUUCGGGUCCUACAAGGGGGAGAACGUACCGGUGAAACUCACGAUACACCUCGCACGACGGCGCCCAUUCUGGAAGAGCUCGUAUCUUCGACGCUCGUCCGACUUAGAACCAUAGACGACGACACCGAAACGGGCUCCAAACCCAAGCGGUCAUUGUCCAUACACAGAAUUACGCAAAGCUAUGUUCGUUCGAAACUCGACCGAAGCGCUGCUGAAACAGCCUUCCAGCGUGCCGCGUUGCUCGUCCGCACAUAUGUCCCUGACACGGGGGGAAUCAGAGGCUCUUCUAAGGAAGAUCUGAGUGAGCUCGGCUGGGUGUUGGACUCUGCGGAACAUGUCGCCAUGUGCUAUACGGCGCUUGCAGACAUGCUGACCUCCACCAUGGAGUGGGUAGCGCUGCUACUGGACUGCGCCGGCUGCAGGGUUCGGACGGGACACUGGCAGGAGGCCAAGAAGAUGGUCGCGGUGGCCGCUAACGCGCUUCCUAAGCUGUGUGGUGAUGGAUCCUCCGGAGCCGGUGGUGAUGUUGAGAAACGAUUGGAGACUAUGCAGUGCUUUCUGGACGAAUGGGGAUUCUAG